AUGGCAGAACUCGCAGGAAGUAUCGUCGGCAUCGUAUCAGCCGGCACAAAGGUCGCCCUGGUGCUGUCCCAGCUCGCUUCUGAUAUCGGUUCAGCCGGCCAAGAAGCCCGGAUGAUCAGUAGUGAGAUACGCACAUUUUGCACAAUACUGAACACUCUAAAGGAUACCAUGGGAAAGAUUAGCGAUUCGAGCUACUAUGCUCACUGUUCUGACAUGGUUCGAGAUAUGACGACUGCGAGCGUGGAAAUGUUUACCGAAGUCCUGAAUGCGGCAGAGAGUCUACGAAGCAUGACUAAUGGAAAAGAUGGGAGAGAUGGGAAGUUCAAGUUCGUCAGCAGAGUCAAUUGGGUAGUCUUCCAAAAGCCAAAGAUAGUUGUGUUGAGGGCUGCGAUUGAAGCAUACAAGUCAAACAUCGCCUUGAUGCUCGGUACGAUCAACACCGUCGAGAAGGUAGCAAGAAGAACAUCCAUUCCACAACACUUCAGUAACGUCGCCGAGGACGAUCAAGAGCGGACCACUCUACAAAGCCUUGAGCUAGACCAUCGCGCUUCCCUAAUCAGCCUGGAGCAAGCUGAACGCCAGUAUGAGAAGCUCACUCUACAGCAUUCAGCAGAAGAUGCCGAAUCCCCUGCAGAGUAUGCUUGGCUUGAUACGAUCAUUGACACCAACGUCGUUGUCAGGGAUGAUUCAAUCUCGGGUGACGCAUCGCAACAUGCAACAAUACUGCAGAUUGCACGGAUGGAAGUGAACUCCAUAAGAGACAGCCUCACGCGAAGUUCGUGGGGAGAGGACAGUCUACAGGAUCAAGUUGUCCGCCACAGCCAAAGGCUUUCGAAACUAAUGGAAGAAGACCAUCGGAGGCUGUCACAGCGCUGGUCAGCCUUGUUGCUUUCGAACCAUGAUAAUUCUGACACAUCGCUGCAUGGAGAAGGCUUCCUUGGUCAGGUAGUUGAAACCAGCGACGAGCCGGUGCUACCAGGAGCCCAUGUUACGUUUACCAUGCCUGGACAAGAAGCCACCUACAUACAAUUUAGAAAAUGGCUUCUAUGGCAACCUUGGAGUUUACAAGAUCAGAUCCUAGAAGCUCUCAGGUCGGAGGUUUUCUCAGAUCGGCUUUGGAAAGACCAAGCCAGUGCUCUCGACGCUGUUUUGGCGCAAUCUGGAGGCACGCCAAACGGCUUUGAUGAUGCCACCCCGCCGGAGUUGGAGACAGGAAGCCCCCCUGGGAUGAAAUUUAACGCUAUCUCAGAAGAAGGCAAAGUCGAACAUGUGGCUAGAGUAGAUGAUCAACAAGAUGAUGUCGCAGAAAGUAAACUGGAUUUCGACGCUAUAACUCUGACAAAAGCACACAUUGUCGAUAUUCCUUCCGAAACUGUGCAGACCUGGGUAUGGAAGCGCACACAGAAACUAGAUCUGAGCUGGAAUUUCAUCCGGACUGUGCCACAGAGCAUGGGCCUAUGCACAAACCUCCGCCGUCUAGACCUCGGAUACAAUCAUCUCGAGACUAUCCCACAGCCACUUCUGCUACUGAAUUCUCUUGUAGCGCUGGACUUGAGGGGAAACAUGCUACGUGCCAUACCAAGCGCGAUAUCACGUUUGACCGCACUCCAAUCUUUGCUUCUUUCCGACAACAGGAUCCAGGGUUUGCCACUGGCUAUUGGUGGAAUGAAAACGCUACAAAUCUUAGAGCUAUCGAGAAAUCCUGUCGUCUUUCCUUCGGCAAAUUCUUUCUUUGACAUGCGCCGCUCGCUCCCUCGCGACACGUCACCAGAUCAGCGACAAUUCGAUACAAUCGGUACCGCACGACUCAAGUCCUAUUUGAAGUGUUAUCCUGCCGAUGAUAUGACAGGCACGUAUGCUCAAGCCGUUGCAGGCAACCUCUCUGAAGAUGCUCUUCGAUUCCAACUUGAAAUGCAGGCGAUAUCAAUGGCACGUUACAAAACCAUUGGUGACGCACGCAACAUUAACGAAAAUGCCACGAGCUCGGAUGAAUCCAUAUCGUUUAUCCGGCAGGACGAUCCGCAUAGAGGUUUACUAAAACCUGAAGAUGUUGACCACACACUCGGGAUAGAUGCACUGUUGAGUCCGCGCAUUACGUUGCAUACUGUGGAAGGAGCUUCCGCGUCCUAUUCUUCGAAAAGACACGAUAUGCAUGACCAUAGAAGGUCACGGUCGCACGAGGUGUCGAGCAACAGAGGUACGAUGCUGUCUCCCAAAUUGGCGGAUAACAGAAGUCUCGACGUCGCUGGUAGGAGCAAUAAAGCAGCAGAAGACGAUGCGAACACAUCAUGGGAGACGUUCUCCAAGACGAUUCCAGAGGUGAUGCUCCAGAAGCGGGACACUGAUUGGCGGAGCGGUCCGAUGACGGCGCCCAUGGACGGGAUACCUACACCAGUCAGUCCUCCCAGUAAAUUGACAACUAGACCAGAGUCGUAUUCUGGUCAAACGCCCCGAAAGGAAAAGCGGUAUUCCAUGAUGUUUGCCUAA